AAACCGGUAGGAAUUUAUUACCAAAUCAAUACCAGUACCGAGUAUACAGGGUGGUUUAAAUGUCAUACUACCAUGGAAAAUUUUUCCAUGGGAAAAAUUGGUAAAUUUCCAUUACCUACCGAAAUUAUGUCUUUGAAAUUCAAUAUUUUAAGAAUUUUUUCAUCAGUGUUCCGUGAGUUUUGAUAAAAAUCUCAAUCCCAAAUCGUGUAACUAACGGAAAUUUAGAGGUUUUUAAACAGUGUAGAAGGUCGAUUUUGCUAAAUCAUGUCGCCACAAAUAAUAUUUUUUGCAGUUGUGACCAUAUCAUCGUAUUUUUUGGCUAGUGUAAUAUUUGUGGUGCCCAUGGUGUCCAUAAAUUUCUGGAAAUUGCCCGAAAUAAAUUACUCGUGCGACUGGAACGAGAGGAUGGAAGAAUAUCUAAAAACUAGAAGUCCCACCGUCGCCGAGGUUAUGGUUUAUUGGGCGAAUGAAACAGGAUAUUUUGAAUCAAGAAAUCUCAAAUUUUCAAAAAAUUACACUUUGGACUACAACGAUUUGAUGAAUUAUUGGGAUUCGUUACCAAAUAUUGAGGUGGAUGGAGUUCCCGAGGUUAUUUUUGGGUUAAAGGUGGGAUGCGUUAGUAACAAGUCAGCACCAAGGUUUUUUUCUGAAAGUCUUCUGAAGUUUCCGAGAAUGCGGGGCUCGUUAGUGGAAUCCUUCUUAACAAGUGGAUUUACGAGCUUAUGGCCUACACAGUUACAAAAUUUUAGCUUCUGCUUGACCCAGUCGGUUUACUUGAUUUGUUCAUUGGCGGGAUUCAUCUGUCUGUGUGUCACGUGCGGGGGGAUUGAUACCGAAAUAUUUUUUCUGUUAAAUUUCGUCGGAUUGGAGAUGCUCUUAAUUUGCGGGGGAAUUAUUCAAUUGAUGAAUAUUGAGCAGGAUAUUUUUUCCUAUGUGAUUUAUUUCGAUAAGAACUAUUUACAAUAUUGUCCCGCUUUAGAUGCAUUUUACACAUUUGUCCCAACAUCACAAGCUUUGCUGGUAUCAGUGUUAAUUUUGAAUAGGAAACGUAUCGUGGAGAGUUCGAAACUUCAAAUAUCAUUGUAUUCGAUAAUAUGCAUCAUUUUUCCGGCAGGGUAUCUCAGUUUUUGCUAUUUUUUGUCAGCAGAUUUUCGAAGUUACCAAUGCAAACCCAGUCUCGAUUUUGAUGACUACCCGCCAUUUUGGGAGGCGUGGGUCUCACUUAUCCAUAAAAACGGAGUUCUACUCAUAUUGAUCGGGGUUAAUUUACUGAUCGGUUUUUCCAGUGGGUUCGACUUCCAGAAUGGGGUUGAAAAUGGGGUGCGUCGUUGGUCGGUGCAGUUUAAACUGUUGCUCCUCGUGUAUGGGAUUUCCGCAUGGUUACAAAUCCUCGAAAUUUUGCUUUACUUGGUGGUCGAUAAGUACAGCGCGAUCGUAAUUUGCAGGAUAUGCAAUUUUAAAAGUGGUUUCAUUUUAUUCCUUCUCGUGAGAGCAGAUCGGACUAAAGAUGGUGCUCCGAAGACGAUACAGUGCUAUCAGGAACGAUUGGUGGAAUUGACAGGUGAAUUUAAAACCCGAAUUUCUUCGAAAGGAUCCACCUUCUCGCUGCAUAUGCAGAUUAGCUGGAAUAUUUUGAAACUUUUAUUCGCCAUACUUCUCAGGCUGAUGGGCAAGUGCGGUGGAAAUAAAAAUAAAGAAAUUGAAGACGGGACAACAUAUCAAGGAGAAAGUACAUCUCUGUAAAUAAGGAGAAUUUUUACCAAAAAUAUGUGUUUAUUGAAUUACGUCUUGAUUGUAACUUAAUAAAUGUGGACAUAGAAUUAGCGUCCCUUGGGGGCCUUAUUAUUAUGUUAAUUGAAUUUAA